AUGGUAGUAUGCUUUCUUCACACUCCAUUAAACUUAUAUUGCGAAGAGGAUAAUUCUAACAGUAAGUUUAAUACUUGUUUAGAAAGACAAUUAUUUAUAUAUUUUGCAUAUAGUGAUUAAGUUUUUUUAAAUAUAUCUUUGAGAAUAAAAAAAUUAUAAAAUUAAAAAACACAGUAGGAAUAAAAAAUCCAUUUUUAACCCAAUUAAGAAAAAUAUGGAAUUAUAGAUGAUUGGCUGACACUUAUUAAUUUGUUUGGAUAUUUGUUUCCAUUUAGCAUUAUUUUGGUUUUGGAUUAUAAUUUAAUUUCAGAUUUAAAUGUAUAGGUUGUUAUCUAAAAUUCAGAGACCAUGGUUUAAAGGAGAUGUUCAUUUGGAAUUUGGAAUGAAGUAAUUAAUUAAUAAUACUUUGUUACAGUUUUAUGCAACUCAGGUUUAAUUUUAUCUACUGUAAUGGGAAAUUGUAGAAUGAAGUAAUAUUCCUAUUUUUAACCUUUACUAUUUCAUAAUUUUUUCGUGAAAUACAUAAACAUGUUCAUGUCGCUAUUUUGUGGUACUCCAACAAUUUUAGAAUAGAUUAUUCGAAGAGGCUAUUAUAUAUAUAAAUAAUGUAUAAAUUACAAGUAGUGCUGCUGUAAAGUUAUGCUUGCUGAAGUUAAAGAGUAAUAAAUAUUUUGUGAAGUUUUGAUUUUUACCCAAAUCAAAUUACAAAAAUGA